AUGGCGGCGAAUUUCGACUUCAGCGCCUCCGCCUCUGCGACGUCGCCGCAGCAGAACAUGGCCGAGCAGAGCGCAUCGUCGCCGCACCAUCCGAACAACGUCACCAUCUAUCAGACGACCGGGCCUGAUGCCCACUAUGGCCCCGUCAUGGCCCCGGGUGACUCGGGAACACCGCUGCUGAAUCCGCGAUCCUGCGUCACCUGCCGGAGGCGCAAGGUGCGAUGCGACAAGCAGAUGCCGUGCUCCAACUGCCGCCGCGCCCUCAUCCCAUGCGUCUUUCCCGCUCCUGGCCGUGCGCCGCGCCAGCACCGGCCCAAGGACCCGAAUGCCCCUCCCAAGGCGACGAGCCAGCGCGAGGUUGAGCUGGUCAAGAGGCUCAAGAAACUGGAGGGCAUCGUCGAGGAAUUGAGCGGCCAGAUCGAAAUCGAGACGGGCGCCAGAGUGUCGUCCACCGGCGACUCGCCCUCCAACGAAGGAUCCCCCAUAGCUCAGCGGGCAAAAUCUACCAGCUUGGGUGCACUCGCCUCAGGGCUUGCGGGCGAUAGCGAUAGCCACUCUACCGGAGAUGGCGGUGAAUCACGGCUGAUGAGAGAGAGCCGGAAGCAGCUGGGUCGACUGGUCUUGAAUGAUAACAAGGGCACUUCUCGUUAUGUUAGUAGUGGAUUCUGGUCGAGGUUAAACGAUGAGCUGGACGCCAUCCGCGAGGAAACACAAAAGCUGACCGACGAAGACGCCGACGAUUCUGAGUUUGAAGAAUCGCCGCCCAUCGAUUCACCCACCACUGCUGCGAGCUCCGUUUAUGACCAUCAUGCAUUCAUCCUGGGGUAUAGGUCCAUCGAUGUCAAUCUACAAAAAUGUCAUCCCUUACCCUCCCACGGCACGUUUCUCUGGUCGGUCUAUCUAGAAAACGUCGAUCCAUUACUCAAAAUACUCCAUGUUCCAACCAUGGAGGCUAUACUGCGGGAGGCCCGGAGGAAUCCGGAAAAGCUAACCCCUGGUAAUGAAACGUUAGUCUUUGCGGUAUAUUUUGCCGCCGUUGUAACGCUCGAGGAAGCUGAUGUUCAAACCAAUUUUGGUACAGGCAAAGAAGAGUUACUUGCACAGUUUCGCUUUGCUGUCGAGCAGUCGCUUGCCAAGGCAAACUUCCUAAAUACAUCUGAUUUUGCAGUCGUCCAGGCGCUCACGCUGUUCCUUCUUGUGGUCAGGCGGCACGACGAAACACGCUUUGCCUGGUCCCUCACUGGCCUCUUGAUUCGGAUCGCACAAGGUCUAGGUAUUCACCGUGAUGGAACUAACUUUGGGCUCUCUCCAUAUGACACAGAACAGAGACGGCGUCUUUGGUGGGCCAUCCUUACUUUGGACUUUCGUUCCUCGGAAGAAAUGGGCACCGACUUGAUUGUUGCAGAGGGAGAUUUUGACACUCAGUUCCCUACCGCCAUCAACGAUUCCGACAUUACGCCCACGGGCACCCAAAUUCCAGUAGCAAGGGAGGGAAAGUCGGACACUACCAUUUCUCUGGUGAGGUUCGAGGUCGGAAUCAACACGGUUGCGGAAAAGGAGCAGCUCCUCAUUGAAUUCUAUAAGAGAAUCGAAGACAAAUUCCUUCAACACCUGGAAGAGGACGUUGACGCUCUGUAUUGGGUAGCGGCUAUGAUAUCCCGCAUCAUCAUGGCCAAGAUGUGCCUCAUCACCUACCAGUCGAUGCUGUUCCCGGGCACCGAUAGUGAGCUUACGACCGACAUCCGCGAGCGAAUUUACAUUGCUUCUAUCGAAAUCAUUGAAUACAACCACAAAUUAAACAUGGAUCCUAGAGGCAAACAAUACCGAUGGCUAUUUAGGACAUAUACCAACUGGCACGCGAUUGCCUACGUACUGGUUGAGACGUGCCGUCGUCCUUGGACGGCGCUCGUGGAGCGCGGCUGGGAGGCUGUCAAUGGAUACGACAAAGAUCUAUCGGAAAACAUCAAGAGGGCUGAUCACGCUUCCGUGUUCCUUCCCUUGCGUAAAUUAUUCAUCAGAGCCAAGAGAUACCAGGAAUUGGAGGUGGUGCGUCUAAGGGCCAACCCCGAGGAGGCCAAGCGAUUGGAUCUCGCAGAGAGGAUAAAGGCAUCUCAGCGGCGAUUCGAUCCCAUCCCCGGCGCUGAAGCCAGGAUGCAGCAGGUCAGAGACAGAUGGAGAGCCAUGGUCCAUCUGGAUGCGCCCAUACCAGUGUCUCUCCCCAACUCUGCACAGCAAACGCCAGCCACCUUUCCUAUAUCUAAAGAUACCAAUACUUCAUCACAGCAAGCAUUGGCCGGACCACACUUCCAGCAACCACAGGUACAGCCACAGGCCGAUGCUGAACCCCAAAUGUCCAUGGACCUCUCCAACGUCACCAUGGAGUAUAUGAAUGAUAUUAUGGCACAGAACAGCGUCACCAUGGCCGAGCUUUGGAACGUAGGGUCGGUCGGCAUGGAUAAUGGGAGCGGCCCGGCGAUGGGCAUGGAUGACAGGCAGCAGCAGGCACUGCUACUGCAGAACCAAAACCAGCAGCCCAAAGAGGAACAACACCACGUUCCACCAUAUCUCUGGCCCGAGUCAUUUGCGCCAUCGAAUCAGAAAUUCGAAAUGGAAGAUGCCGACAUGCUGGGAGCUGACUUCAAUUGGCAGGAUUGGAGCCAGAGCAUUCGCGGCCUGGGAAUGGGUGGCGCACAGUAUGGUGCACCGCCGAAGCAGGGCUGGUGA